AUGCCCACCUACACUAACAAAACCCUCGUCUUCGCCGCCAUCCCCGACGCCCUCCCCGUCGCAGGCGAGCACCUUGUCAUCGAAGAUCGCGGCCCCUUUGACCCUGCCACGCCCCCUCCCCCCGGCGGUUUGACUCUGUCCGUGCUCUACACCUCCUUCGACCCCUACCAGCGCGGCCGCAUGCGUCCGGCCCACGUCAAGUCAUACUCCCCUGCCUUCGAGCUCGGCGGGCCGAUCACGAAUGAUUCUGUCGCGCGAGUGAUCAAGAGCGAUGCGGAGGGGUUCAAGGAGGGGGACUUGAUCGUUGCGCAUCUACCGACUGCUGAGUGGGCGGUUUUGACGGCCGAGCAGGUGAAGAGCCAGGUGAGGAAGAUUGAUGUUGAGAAGACGCCGAAGGAGCUGCUGAGCAAUUUGGGGCUCUUCCUCGGGCCUCUGGGCAUGCCAGGUCUGACGGCGUGGAGCUCGCUGUAUGAGAUUGGCCAGCCGAAGAAGGGUGAGACGAUCUUUAUUAGCAGCGCGGCGGGCGCGGUCGGGCAGGUGGUUGGGCAGGUGGCGAAGAAGGAGGGGCUGCGGGUGAUUGGGAGUGUUGGGAGUGAUGAGAAGGCGAAGUUUGUGAUGGAGGAGCUGGGAUUUGAUGGCGUCUUUAAUUAUAAGACGGAGAGGACCAAGGAUGCGCUCAAGAGGCUUGCGCCCGAGGGGCUGGAUAUCUAUUAUGAUAAUGUUGGUGGCGAGCAGCUGGAGGCGGCAUUGAAUGCGAUGAAGCCUUUUGGACGUAUUGUGGCAUGCGGCAUGAUCUCUCAGUACAACCUCCCCGAAUCGGAGCGCUCCGGCCCGAAGAACAUCUUCCUCAUGGUGACCAAGCGCCUGACCAUGCGCGGCUUUAUCGUCAGCGAUCCCGGCUUUGGCGACAAGUAUGCGCAGGACCACCAGACCAAGCUGGGCCAGUGGCUUGCCGAGGGCAGCGUUAAGGCCAGGCUAAGCAUCACCGAGGGCAUCGAUAAUGCCGCCGAGGGCCUCAUUGGCAUGCUGCAGGGCAAGAACUUUGGCAAGGCCGUGCUCAAGAUCAAGAAUGAGGAUUGA